AUGAACAAUGUUCCCACCCCGACCUCGCCGGCCGACCCUCAUCGCGCAUCUCACGACCGUCGAGAGGAGGACGCCGACGGCCCUGCACCGUCCCCUGGCCCUGCGCCUGACCAAGACCACGAUGGCAGCACUACCGCCGCUCAGAACCCUUCUCUCUCGCCGGCGGCGAAGGAGGGCCUUACCAAGAAGCUGCAAUUCGUCGUACACCUCAGUAUAAGCUUGGAUUCUCUGGUCUAUGCCGAGCUAUGUGCGUUAUAUUACAUGGAUUGUUCCUUCUUCCGGUUGGUGAUCCGCUGGAUCGCCCAAUCGCUGUUUAUAAGCCCCAAGGCCGACGAUACCAUCCUGAUCAUCCCCAACUACCACGUUUCCGCGAUCGUCGGCCCGAACCUUAUCUGUGUACUGCUGCACCUACUGACCUCAUUACCCCACGCCGGCGAGGCCUCCCGGGGCUACCUCCACGGCGGUAUACUCUUCGACUUUAUCGGGCAGAAGGCGCCUUCGUCCAAGUUGACGCUUGUUCUGUUAGACCUCGUGGUAUUCGGGUUACAGAGCCUCAUGUUGGCCGUGAACAUGGAGAGGGAUAGGAUACGCAAGGUAGUAAAUCCGGUGAGGCAGAUCGAUGGUGCUGAAGAUACCACGGUGGCAGCGGCGACCACCCAGGAUUACGACGCAGAAGAGCGUGGGGUUUUACGCGAUGCGCCCGUAACGGACGGGACGGGGGAUAUCGAAAUGCAGCCGCUGGGCCGCACACAUGAUAAUGGCGACCUACCCGAUACGGAGAGAGCAGGGCUACUGGGACAACCAGCGGGCCCCGCACGCGAUCUCGAGGGCCUAGCUGAUACGUUGAGAUCGGGGAACGCUCUGCUGGCCAGCUUUCACAUCCGGCAAACGCUUCGGACGGCUUGGAAUACUCGGACGAACACGCCGGAAAGCACAGCUGCUUAUGCUAUACAAAAUGUUGGUUACAACGCGACGCUCGCGGCCUUGGCGGCGCAGAGGAGAGCGAGAUUAGCUGCCGCACAACCUAGGUAG